ACGAUCCUUUGCAAUUUCCCUCACAACGUCCAACUCCUAGUGACCACAAGUUCCUUCCACUGCAUUGUCCUGCACUGCAAGAAGUAGAGGAGAACCACCUCAAGGGUGAUGAUAGGCCCCAUUAUGAUGCAGAGAAUGCUGAGGUCAGUGGAUCGCAGGGCUCAGAGGAUUCUCCCCACAGCCAUGGUCCGGGGGGAAAGGCCGUUGUGGACAAUGGACGUGAAGAAAUUUGAAGCCCCCUUGGGUUUUAUCCAAGCGAGAGGGUUCCUGAAUACCCGGCAGAAUCCAAGGACCCCUUUCAUUCUUUCUCCAUAUUGCUUGAUGGGAGGCAUUAUGGCCCCCAAAGACAUAAUGACAAAUACUCACGCUAAAUCCAUUCUCAAUUCGAUGAACUCUCUCCGGAAGAGCAAUACCCUCUGUGAUGUGACUUUGAGAGUAGAGCAGAAAGACUUCCCUGCCCAUCGGAUUGUGCUAGCUGCCUGUAGCGAUUACUUCUGCGCCAUGUUCACUAGUGAGCUUUCAGAGAAGGGGAAACCUUAUGUUGAUAUUCAAGGUUUAACUGCUUCUACCAUGGAAAUUCUGUUGGACUUUGUGUACACUGAAACCGUACACGUGACAGUGGAGAACGUGCAGGAACUGCUCCCUGCAGCCUGUCUGCUCCAGCUGAAAGGUGUGAAGCAAGCCUGCUGUGAGUUCUUAGAAAGUCAGUUGGACCCCUCCAAUUGCCUGGGUAUCAGGGAUUUUGCUGAAACUCACAAUUGUGUUGACCUGAUGCAAGCAGCUGAGGUUUUUAGCCAGAAGCAUUUUCCUGAAGUGGUACAGCAUGAAGAAUUCAUUCUUCUAAGUCAAGGAGAGGUGGAAAAGUUAAUCAAGUGUGAUGAAAUUCAGGUGGAUUCUGAAGAGCCGGUCUUUGAAGCUGUCAUCAACUGGGUGAAGCAUGCCAAGAAGGAGCGAGAAGAAUCCUUGCCUGACCUGCUACAGUACGUCCGGAUGCCCCUGCUGACCCCCAGGUACAUCACAGACGUAAUAGAUGCUGAGCCUUUCAUCCGCUGUAGUUUACAGUGCAGGGAUCUAGUUGAUGAAGCAAAGAAGUUUCAUCUGAGGCCUGAACUGCGAAGUCAGAUGCAGGGACCCAGGACGAGGGCUCGUCUAGGAGCCAAUGAAGUGCUUCUGGUGGUUGGGGGCUUCGGAAGCCAGCAGUCUCCCAUCGAUGUGGUAGAGAAAUAUGACCCCAAGACUCAGGAGUGGAGCUUUUUGCCAAGCAUCACUCGUAAGAGACGUUAUGUGGCUUCAGUGUCCCUACAUGAUCGGAUCUAUGUAAUUGGUGGCUAUGAUGGCCGUUCCCGCCUCAGUUCAGUGGAAUGUCUAGACUAUACAGCAGAUGAGGACGGAGUCUGGUAUUCUGUCGCCCCUAUGAAUGUCCGGCGAGGCCUUGCUGGAGCCACCACCCUAGGAGAUAUGAUCUAUGUAUCUGGAGGCUUUGAUGGAAGCAGGCGUCAUACCAGUAUGGAGCGAUAUGACCCAAACAUUGACCAGUGGAGCAUGCUAGGAGAUAUGCAAACAGCCCGGGAGGGCGCUGGACUAGUUGUGGCCAGCGGAGUGAUCUACUGUCUAGGAGGAUAUGAUGGCCUGAAUAUCUUAAAUUCAGUUGAGAAAUAUGAUCCCCACACAGGACACUGGACUAAUGUUACACCAAUGGCCACCAAGCGCUCUGGUGCAGGAGUAGCCCUGCUGAAUGACCAUAUUUAUGUGGUGGGGGGAUUUGAUGGUACAGCCCAUCUUUCUUCUGUUGAAGCAUACAACAUUCGCACCGAUUCCUGGACAACUGUCACUAGUAUGACCACUCCACGAUGCUACGUAGGGGCCACGGUGCUUCGGGGGAGACUUUAUGCUAUUGCAGGAUAUGAUGGGAAUUCCCUGCUGAGUAGCAUUGAGUGCUAUGACCCUAUCAUCGACAACUGGGAAGUAGUGACAUCCAUGGGAACCCAGCGCUGUGAUGCUGGCGUGUGUGUUCUUCGAGAGAAGUGACCAUUGUUGGAGCACCAUCCAGGCCUAGUGACCAGUCCACGGGACAGUUUAUGGGAGAGUCAAGGAUCCUUUCCAGAAUAUCUAUUUCUCACUGUGCGCACAGGGUGAUUACAAGCACUGCUGCAGUGAUGACUGUACUUAUUCGAUACACACUGCGCUUUGCGCUGGUGGUUGUCCCUGAGGAGGGUGGGUAAUAGACACUCAGGGGAAGCCCGUGCACACUGAAUGGAUCUGAGAGGCCAGAUCACCUCUCCUCCUGGUCUAGAGAGCACUCUCACGUGCUCAGGAGAAUCUGUCUGUUGUGCCUCAUGUAUUGCAGAGAAGGAAGGUGAGUGUGACCUACUAGGUGUGGGCAGUAUCCGGCGUAGAUGAUUGGAAGGAUAUGAACUUGAGUCAGCUGGGUAAAAUCCAAGUCUCGUUGUCCAGGAAUAUCUUUCCUAGUCUACAGUAGCUAGGGGCAACACAGUUGCAUUCAGGAGGAUAACAAAGGGAAAAGCCCCCUGUCAAAAUUUGGGGGGGCUUGGGGAGAGACCUGGCACUCCCUUAAGGGACAGGGUUGGUAUAUCAGAACUGGGUUUAGAGUAAGGGAAGUCAACGGAAUUUGGUGGAAUUUGAGUGAACCUAGAACACCACUGAAGUAUAACCUGGAGGACUUAAAGGGUGUAUUAUUGGAAGGAUCUUUUUAUUUCCCCAUGGUCUUUCUGAACUAGAAUGGUGCGCAUCUUGGCACCGGAGACUGACAGAAUAAGAGUGAACAGAUGUUGGGCUGAGCAGACAUGGAAUAAAUGUGGGAGUUCCGUAUGCCUGGGAAGUAGAAGUACCUGUGAUUUUACAGUCGUCUUAUUUCCUGCCAGGGCUCACCUAUCCAUGGCAUGGUUUGCCUUGAGUGGGUGAGACACUAUCUUUCUGUGUUGAAUCAAAUACUACUAUACUAUUAUACUUCAUUACUAUUUAUUUGGGGAUGGGGUGGGGGUGGCAGCAGCCUAAAAGGGCAGCUACCUGAUUACUGCCCCAUUCUGUUAAGGGCACCCUUCUGCUGAGGAGUGCUUAUUACUGCUGUGUUUGGUACAGUUAAUCGUUUUCCUACUAUAAGUUUCCCUCACCUGUCCUUAGAGUGGAUUUUAUUCAUCCCAGGACAGAAUAAUCAAGGACAACCAAAAUCCUUUUGUUCCAGUACUUGCUAUCGCCAUUUCUGAGCCACCAUUCAAGGUUCCCCUGUGUUUUGGAGUGAAAUUCUUGGUUUUGUGGGGUAUUGGGAGUGUUGGGGAUGUGAUAACCUAAACAAGGAUGCACUUUUCCUUUAUUCCAAAAUUUCAUUUUUUCCUCUUUCCCUGAGUUGUAUUGACCUCAAGAGUUCAUUUCCUUUGUAUUUUUUUAAGAAAAUAUUAAAAAUCAAUUGUCUCAAA